GUCCUGCCGCUUCAAGUUUCACAGCUCCCCGGCCCAAGCCCGGCCUGAAUCCAGGACCAGCAAGCAAGCGCCCGCAUCCAACUCUGGUAGUUCUCACUACCUCCCUGGUAAAGCAAAACCUGCCCUUGAUUCCCUGGAGCAGGAGUCUGCCGGUCAAAAUAGGUAGCACGCUCAAAGGGAUUCAAACGAGAGCACCAGCAAGCAAGCUCUUGUCGCCGUCUCUGUCGUGUCUUCCGAGGAUUCCAACCACACCUGGUCUUGGAGCGGCCCAUACUUAGCCGGCCAUUGCUUACUUUGCCCCAUGGCUUCGGUAGCUCGUCAUUACAACAAAGAUACCAGCGCACAUAAGCACUUAGCCUGGCCGCUGAUCAACCCCACCAUGGCUCCUGCGACGCCUCCUGCGACGCCUGCGGCAACAGCCAGUGCGGGCGCCAGCACCAGCACCACCACCACCACCAACGGCAGCGGCGCGCCGCUGCGCUACUGCGACGAUCUGCGGGCGCCGCUGACGACGGCGGUGGGGCCGCAGCCGCAUGCGCCCAUGCACCAGGUCGAGUGGCGGAAGGUGAUGGCAGGGGACCCGGUGGAGAUCAACCCCUCCAUUGGUAACGGCUUCAAGGUGAUGAGUGUGGAGGAGUGGAGCCGGCGCUGGAAGCGCAACGACGACUUCCCCCACUGCCUGGCGCCCGGAUGCGGCGGCGCCGACACGCGGGAGCACUACUUCACUCAGACCUGGUGCAGGGGCAAGCGGCUCUGGGCCUCUGAGUCGCUGUGCAUGGCCUGCCACGCCUUCUCCUUCCGCUCCUACGCCGACCCCGACUUCAAGACGCCCGAGCAGUACGAGAAGGAGCUGUGGGAGGAAAUGGCGGCUGCAGGGCGCCGCUGAUCAGCCCGGCAGGUUCGGCGCGUGGCGAUGUUGCGCGCAUCUGGGUGACGACCACCUGCGAUGGCGUGGUGAGGCCACCCCGGAGGCAGAAGGCAGGACGGGGCACCCAAGAGGCACCCAAGAGGCACCCAAGAAGCGGGACGGCACGAACGGACGUGAGCAUCACCUUGUAGCCACACAUACACAACAUGGCUUGUGCUCUCUGGCACAUCUGGCAGAACGGGGCUGCGACCAGGGCCAGGCAUUCCCGCCGUUGACGACAGGGGUGCCCUGGUGGACCACGCCGAUGGACCGCUGUCGUCGAACCCAGCGCUGCAUUAUUAGCACGUUACAGGGCAUUGGACGUGUGUGGGCCGCCAGCGGGCUUCAGCUUGGAGGCAUAAGGGUCAG